AUGCCUCGGCCAGCGUCCCCCGAAGGACGCCGGGAGCGGGAACUCAAGGACGACGAGAGGAGGGACUCGAGGGAAUCGAGCUCGCGCAGAGACCAGGAGCGCGACCGCGAAGACCACCGGGAUAGCAGGGAGGGGAAGGAUCGCGAUCGCGACAGACGUGAUCGUGACCGUGACCGCGACCGCGACCGCGACCGUGACCGCGACCGUGAUCGCGACCGUGACCGCAGACGGGACGACAAGUACGAUAGGGACGACCGUGAACGUGAUCGUGACUCCCGGCGAGACCGCGACCGGAGCAGUCGGCAUGACGACGAAAGGAGGGAACGCAAGCGCCGAGAGAGGGAGAGGAGUGGGAGCCGGGACCGCAGAUCCAAGCGCGACCGAAGGAGAGACCGCUCGCCUACCGAACGCGACGAACGACGGAAACGCAAAGAGGCCAAACGCACGGCCAAGCGCGAGGCCGAGCUCGAGCACGCCCGCAAGCUCACCGAGCUGACCAUGUACUCUGCGGCCGACAAUCCGUUCCACGACGCCAACCUCGGACAGCAGUUCCAAUGGCACAAGAAGCAAGAAAAGGAGAAGAAGGCGGGCAUGACGCCCGAAGAGAUUCAGCGCAAGGACGCCAUCCGCCGCAUCGAAGCCAAGGAGGAGCUCGAGAAGCUGAACAAAAAACGCGCCGAGCGCGAAGUGGAGAUGGCGCUCCGCGACGAGGAGGAGACGCGCAUGAAGCGUAUGGCCGAGGACGCGGCCAUGGCCGAGUGGAUCGCCAAGGAGGACUCGUUCCAGCUCGAGCAGUCCCGUCGCCGUGCCGGUAUCCGCCUCCGCAUGCAGCGCGCCAAGGCGAUCGACUUUCUGGCCAUCAAUCUCCGUUUCGCAGACGUGUCCGCCAUGGCACGCACGACGGCCGCUCUCGGUGCCCUCACUAACCCCCGUGCAGCCGAGGUCGCGCGCGAGGAGGAGGAGGAAGGGUGGGGGUGGGCGGACGCUGGGUUUGAGUUUGAGAUUGACGAGCCGUGGAAGAUCUUCGAGAACCUCACUCUGGAAGACUGUGUCGAGCUCGAGCAAGAUAUCAAAAUGUAUCUCUCGCUCGAGGCCUCGCCCAUCAACGCCGAGUUCUGGGAGGCCAUGCUGGUCGUGUGCAAGCACCACCUCGAGACGCUGCGCGACCCCGAGCGCGCCGCCGGCGGUCGCCUGCACAACCAAGAGGUCGAUGACUCUGCUGCGAACAUUGUCAACGGCCUGAGUCUGCAGCGCUUAAGCGACCUCGAGGCCCGCACGCACGCCAUGCUCAACAGCGGCGAGCCAAUCGACGGCGAGUUUUGGGAUUUGGUGCUCAAGAAGAUCACCGUUGCCAAAGCUAUUGCCAAACUCAACACCAUCCACGAGAUUGUGCUCAAGAACCGCCUCGAGCAGUUCAAGAAGCGCCAGCGCGAGGACGCCGCCAAGGCCCAGGCCGAGAUGGGCGGCGUCCUGGACGAGACGGAGGACGACGGCGCAUUCGGCGGCGACAUGCAUGCGGGCGGUGUGGAGGCCGAUGUUGAGGACGACGAGGACGACGAGGACGACUUCAUCGAGUCGUACAGGCCCGAGAUGAGUCCCGAGCCUGUCGACACGGCCAAGAUGACGCCCGACGACCGUCGCCUGCCCUUUGUCCUGGAGGAGGACGAGCUCCGCGCACUGUUCAAGGCCCGCCACACCAUCUCGCACGCCACGUUCAUGCCCCAGUCCAUGGCCCGCGAUGCUGUCUCGGCUUCGGCCGCGGCAGUUCCCGACGAGCCCCUCGAACGCGCCCUGGAUGCCGACGCCGAGGCCGUCGCAGAGUGGCGCGCACAGAUUGCCGCCGAGCCCCGCGACUGGGGAGACAGCGAGAGCGAGGAGGAGAUGGAGGAAGGCGACCUGGCCGACGAACUCGACAACGCUGCCCCGGCCGCAUACGAUUGGAGCGACAAGUACCGCCCGCGCAAGCCGAGAUACUUUAACCGUGUCCACACAGGUUACGAGUGGACGCAGUACAACCAGACACAUUAUGACACGGACAACCCGCCGCCCAAGGUCGUCCAGGGCUACAAGUUUAACAUCUUCUACCCAGACCUCAUUGACAAGUCCAAGGCGCCCACAUACCACAUCAAGCGUAUCCCAGAGGACCCGGACACGCAGAUGAUUGUGUUUACGUCUGGCCCGCCGUACGAGGACAUUGCGUUCCGCAUCAUCCGCAGGCCUUGGGAGUACUCGCACCGCAAGGGGUUCAAGAGCAACUUUGAUCGCGGCGUCCUUCAGCGCGCCGGACGCGUCCCACCAGGACCUCCUCCCGGCGGUCCCCAGCGCCCUGCCGGUCCUCCCGCUGGUGGACCGCUCGCUGCGCCUCCGCCGCCGCCGCCCCGGUCGGCCGCGAUGCCCAACUUUCCCCCACCGCUGCCUCCAGGCUGGACCGAGCACCGUGCCCCCGACGGCGUGACGCCCUAUUACUACAACGCCGCGACCAAGGCCUCGACAUACACGCGCCCGCACAUGGUCGUCGCCGCGCCGCCGUUCGCCGGCGCCGGCGGCGCGCUCCCUCCUCCUCCGGGCGUCUUCCCUCCUGCCGCUGUGGCCGCCGCCGCCGCCGCGCCCGAGAAGAAGAAGAAGAAGGAAAAGGCCAAGAACAAGGUGCCCAUCCCGGGCACGACGUGGCUGCGCGUGUCGACCAACGAGGGCAACGUGUUCUACUUUGAAAAGGAGGCCAAGCGGAGCGAAUGGACGGUCCCCGACGAGAUUGCCGAGGCGGUCGCGGCGCUUGAGGCUGACGAACGCGCCGAGAGGGAGGAGCAGGCCAAGGCCGAGCGCCUCGAGCGCCUGCGCGAGCAGGAGCGCGUGCGCGCCGAGGUCGAGGAAGAGCGCGCGCGGAAGCGCGCCGAAAAGGCCGAGCGCGCCGAGAAGGAUAAAGAGCGUAAGCGCAAGGCUGCUGCUGAGGAUGGCGGACGCGCGGCCAAGGUUGCCAAGCGGGACGGCGAGGACAAGGUCGCCGAGGCGGGUGAGGGGGAGGGAGAAGCAGAGGGGGAGGACAAGGAGCAGUUUGCGCCAGAGGGUGCAGACGACGAGGAGGCGUGGGCCAAGGCCGUCGCGGCCGAGUUUGCCCAGUCGGACGCGGCCAAGGCGGUGGCCGACGCCGAGGCAGAGGACGCGGCCAAGCGUGCAGAGGAGGACGCGGCCAAGAAGGUGUUUGCCGCUGCGGACGCUGUCAAGGUGUCGCCCGAGGAAGCGCGCGCUCUCUUCAAGGCCCUUCUUGCCGACAAGAACAUUUCACCCUUUGCCCCCUGGGAGCAGUCGCUGCCACUCUUCAUCAACGACCCGCGCUACGUGCUCUUGGCGUCCAUGAAGGAGCGACAGAUCGCAUACGAAGAGUAUUGCCGUGACGCGGGCCGCCAGCGGCGCCUGAACAAGGCGCCUGCCGCGGUCGAGAAGAAGGCGGCCGAUCCCGAGCGCGACUACCGCGCCCUCCUCCGCGAAGAGGUCACGUCGACGCGUACCCGCUUUGACGACUUUAAGCGCAAGAGCAAAAAAGACCGCAGGUUCUACUCGUACGGCCGUGACGACCGCGAGCGCGAAAAGGCCUUCAAGACGCACCUGCGCGAACUGGGCGAGCGCAAGCGCGCAGACGCAGCGCGCGCCGAGGCAGACUUUAUCGAUCUCCUCAAGGAGGCUGGCGAGGUGACGGCCGGCGCGGCGUGGUCGGACGUCAAGCGCCGGAUCUCGAGUGAUGUGCGCUACGACGCUGUGGGCUCGAGCUCGCUGCGUGCUGAGCUGUUUGACAACUACCUCAAGAAGCUGGGUAGCGAGCCAGCCGCGCCCGAGACGGCCGAGGAGGCGGCCGAGCGCAAGCUCCGCGAGCGCAAGGAGAGGCAGGCGGCGAGCCUGCGCGAGCGCGAGGGUAAAGUGCGCGCCGAGCAGGCCCAGGUCAGCGAGGCAGUGGACAAGAGCCGUGCCGGUGCUGGCCGCGAGGAGGCCGAGCGUCUAUACGGCUCCUUGCUGGUGGACGUUGUGCGCAGCCACGACAUGACAUGGGACGCCGCCAUGCCCAUCCUCCAGCAGGACCCGCGGUUCGCACACCCGUCUCUGCGCCCCGGCGACAAGCGCCGCCUGUUCGAGGGCCACAUCGAGCGCCUGUCCUCGACCAAGAGCAACGCCCUGCAAAAGCUCUUUGCCACGCACGCCCCCGAGCUCGACACGCCGUACGAGACCGUCUACGCCGCCAUUGCCGACGACCCCUUGGUCACGCGCAUGGGCCUGGACGCCGCUGCGCUCGAAGACCGCUUCCUCGUCUGGCGCCGGGCCCGCGAGGCCGACGCCCGCCGCGACUUUGACGUGCUCCUGGGCGAGAACAAGUUUGUCGACUUUUGGGGCCGCAUGCGUAACAAAACGCUCGACGAGGCCGCCGCAAAGGUCAAGGAGCACGACGAGCGCGACGAGGGUGAAGGUCUCGGCGAGGGCGGCAGCGCCGACAUUACAUCGCUCGCCAAGCAGAUCGACCUCGAGGAAGUCAAGAGCGUCCUCCGCCGCGACAGGCGGUACCGCCAGUUCGACCACAUGCCCGAGGUCCGCGAGCAGUGGCUGCGGGAAUACCUCGAAAACCUCGAGGGAUCAAAGGGUUCGGAGACGAUUCACAGCGUUGGCGCGGGGUUCCACUAG